CUCUAAAGAUGGCGUCAGAUUCAAAAGGAUCCUGAAUAAAAGUUGCUGGGUUGUAAGGUCAUUCUGGCUGCCAGGAGAUGCAGGUAGAAUCAGCGCAGCGGAGGAGACAGAGUGGCCGGAGAAAGGGCGUGGAGAGCGGGCAGAGCCGAGCGGAGAGAACCGGGGUCAGCUCCGAGGAGAGAGCGAGGUUGAAAGAAAUUAUCACCACGAUGCAACAGAAAGAGAAAAAGCCACGGGAGAGAGGAAGAAGAGAGGGGAGGGAAGGUGAGGUUGAGGAAGGGAGGAAGAAGAAGGAGGUGACGAGCAGGAAGAUGGUGUCAGAAGGAGAAGAAGGAGGUGAUCAAGAGGAGAGGAUGAGGAGGAGAAUCCAUCAGCUGGAGAAGGAGAACCUGGAGCUGAGGACCAAACACAACCAGGAGGUGUGCGGGCUGCAGGCGGAGCUGUCCCGGCUCCGGUGCUCUGUGGAGGGGGGGGAGGCUCAGAGAGAGGAGCUGCAGUACCAGCUGACUGUGAGCCAGAGAGACUCCGCCCGGAACAAACACACACUCACAGAGCGAGCAGCGGAGCUCCAGCUGACGGUGGCGGAGCUGCAGAAAGCACUCGACCUCACACGGCGCUGCAGGGAGGAGGACCAGCAUGCUUUGCAGCAGGAAGUGGAGGAACGAGACAAAGUGAUCCACGGCUUCAGCUCCGAAAACCAACGAAUGCACCUCCUGCUGCAGGAUCAGGAGGAGGCUCUGGAGGAGGCGGAGAGGAGGAGGGAGGAGCUGCAGAGAGAGACAGAGAAGGAGGGGGAGGAGAACAGACGACAGACCAACAAACUGAAAUACCUGGAGGAGAGGGAGGAGAGGAGCAGGAGGGAGAAAGAGGUGUUGGAUCAGAGGGUGAAGACUCUAGAGUCGAACCUGGAGGCGGAGCGAGCCGCUCACCUGGAGUCCAAGUUCAACUCUGAGAUCGUACAGCUGCGGGGGCGGGACCUGGAGGCGGCGCUGAGCUCUGAGCGAAUCGUCCUGCAGGAAACCCAGAGGGAGAGAGAGCUGCUGAGGAGUCAGAUCAGAGAGGAGGAGAGAGAGAGGAGUCUGCAGAGGGAGAGGGAGCGAGAGAGGGAGGCAACUCUGCACAGGCUGCAGCAUGAGUACGAUCUAUAUAAGUCUGACCUCAGCGUUGCCUUGGAUACAGAGAGGACGACGACCUCUGACCUCAGACAGAUGCUCGAGGAGGAGAAGAGACAACACAGACACACACACUCUCUGCUUGAUAAGGCGGCUGAACGUCAGUGUAACGCAGAGGAGUGUGUGAAGCUCAUAGCAGAAACUCUCCAACAACACACUGAUCCUGCAGCAAAGCAUGAUGGGAGUUGUAGUCCUGUGCGGACGUGCUUCAAGGAUCUGCAGGAGGAGAGGCAGACACUGCAGCGGCUGAAUUCAGAUCAGAGCAAAGGGCUGCAGGAGUCACAGCAGCUGUCAAUCACACUGAAAGAGGAGGUGUCACGCCUUCAGAAGGAGAACUCUGAGCUGGAGAGAGAGAGGGAGGAGAUGGAGAGGGAGAGGGAAGAGAUGGAGAAAGAGAGGGAUGAAAGGGAGAGAGAGAGGGAGAGGGAAAAGGACGAGAUAACAUCAGAACUCCAGAGCAUCAGCGACCACUACGAGAAAGAGUCAAAGGCCUGCCUCUCCUUCCUGUACUGUGUGUAUCAGCGACUUCUCGCCGGUUGUGUCCUGCUCCAUCAGCCCCAGAGCAUGCUGGGUAAUUUCACCUGGCAGGAGCUGUGUGAUGUCAUCAACGAGCAGGUGGACCAGGUGACCUCCGACCUGCGGGAGGCCAACGACCAGAUCGCCCAACUGCAGAGUGUGUGUGAGCAGCGGAGUGUGUGUGUACGCGAGCAGCAGUGUGUGUUGACUCGUCUGAAGGAGAGUGUGAGAAGGAGGGAGGAGGAGAGGAGCAGCCGACACACACACACCAUCACACAGCUGCAGGAAGAGCUGCAGGUAUGUCGCUCUCAGCUCUCCUCCCUCCGUCAUCACGCCUCCUCCCUGGAGCUCAGAACCUCCUCCCUCACCUCCGACCUCUCUCUCCUCCGGGGGGAGGCGUCCUGCUUCCUGUGGGCGUGCACCCUGCUGGGGGGAGCGCUCAAACACACACUCCUCCGCCUGCAGGAGCUGUGUGUUCAGAAGAGGGUGGUCUGCAGACGGCUGCAGGAGAGGGAGGUGCUGGAGGGGGAGGUGAGGAGGCUGCUGGGAGCUCUGGGGGAGGAAGAGGAGGAGGAGGAGGCAGGGAGGAAGAGAAAGAUGGCUGUGAGGAGGUGGAGGAGGAGUGUGUGUGUGGUGCUGGCGGUGAGGAGAUGGUGUUUGAUCAGUAAACACACCGCCGUGAUGUUCAGGCUGCAGCAGGGGGGGGGCUGCACUGCUACGGGAACACAGCAGGAUCAAACCAGUCCAGACACAGAUGCUGACGGUCCUGAAGGUGUGUGUGCUCGCUGGCUGCGCUCUAAACGCCUCUCCUCUGUCAUUCAGUCCUCCAUGGCCGACCUGCAGGGGGCGCUCACACACACUGGCUCCUCCCCUCCAGAUGUGACGCAAUUGGCUCGUUCUGCUUUGUCCCGCCUCCUGAAUCACCUUCUCGACCAAUCAGACACAGGGUCUGGUCUGCCUGGCUGCGGAUUGGACGACGACUCGCUGAGCGGCCGCUUGAGAGCCGGGCUGAGCAGAGCGACGCCUCCGUGGCCCGACAGCAAGGCCCUGGUGUCCACCCUGCAGCAGCACUUCCUGGUUUUCAGCCAACGACUGCACUCGGCUGAGGUGGAGAGGCGGGGCUUGAGGCUGGAGGUAGCCAAUCUUAAGAGAGGACUGCGGCAGGAGAGAGAGGAGAGCUGCCGGACAGUUCCGGAGCAGCAGUUCCACAGUGUGUGUGUGGAGCUACGUCAGGCGCUGAGCAGAGAACAGGAAGUCCAGAGGCUUCUACAGGAACACAGCGACGACCAACAGACCCUCAGCCAAACCACACAGUCGUUGUCUGAGGCUCGGCAGGAGGUGAGCAGGAAGGAGCGCUCGCUGAGGAUUCUGGGUAAACACCUGUCGGGGGUGCAGAGGGAGAGGAAGCAGCUGGAGGACGAGCUGAGCGACACACACAGGCGUAGAGAGUGCCUGAUCAGCAACAUGAGGUCUGCGGAGACGAGUUACAAGCAGGUCAGGGAGAGCCUCCAAUCACGCGGCUCCUUGUCAGCUCAACCCCGCCCCCUGCCGCUACUUAAGGAACACCUGAGUGGAGCAGAGAGCAUCAUGGGAGCUCCAGAGGUGGCAGCGUGCCAGAGCCUCCUCUCCUCUGUCUCUCAGCUGUUUCUUGCCUGCAGCUCCAGGAUUGGCUGGCUGGAGCAGGAAGUCUCCGCCCACAGCAGUCACGUGACCGCGCUGCGCGGCGAGCUGCAGGACGUCUGUCUCCGUGACAACCUGGCCUUCGUACCUGUCGCGGGUUUUCCCGAAGCAUUCCCAUUGGCUGACGUGGAACCCGUUGUCUUCUCCGAUUGGUCGAAGGAGCUGCUGGUCAGUUUAAACCCCGCCCCUUUCUGUGGUCUCUCCAAACCCCUGAAGAGAGUGAAGAAGAAGAGGGGAGGAAGGAACGAGAUCUAAAAUAUCUCUGGACUCAAACAUUUUAAAGAUGAUUAAAUAUUCUUUAAGUGUUUACCGUUAACAGCUGGCUGGUGACAAACGACUGAAGGCCAUAUGGUGUGUGUGUGUGUGUGUGUGUGUGUGUGUGUGUGUGUGUGUGUGUGUGUGUGUGUGUGUGUGUGUGUGUGUGUGUGUGUGUGUGUGUGUGUGUGUGUGUGUGUGUGUGUGUGUGUGUGUGUGUGUGUGUGUGUGUGUGUGACCAGCUGUGUUCUGUAUGAGUUGUAAGUAAAAUAUUUCAGCUUUUCCGCUCGUAAACUUGGUCCUGGUUUUAAUUUUAGGAGUUAGAAACGACAGUGGGGGGAGCUGAAUGAUUUCAUCUACAUUUUUUAUUUUAGUUCUUAGUUUUUGAUUAAUUAUUUCCAGGUUUCCAAGUGAGAAAAGUUUUAAAGGAAGAAACACGACAAACAUUUUAUUUUACAAACUGCAUCAUCAGCACCACGACUCUCUCUCUCUAUGUGUGUGUGUGUGUGUGUGUGUGUGUCCCUCGGGCAGUAAAUGGAUUUCUAUUAAUGUGUCAAUGGAAGAAAAAAAAAUGCGUCCUCGCGCUCACACACCCUCAGGCUCUCUGUGUGUCAGUGUGUGUGACAGAGUAUUAAGUCACUUUGUAAAAUACGUUUCAUCACUCACACACACACACACACACACACACACACACACACACAGUUGUGCUGAAUCAGCGGAACAGUUUCUCUUUUCCUCUGGAGAGUUUUGUCAUUUCUUUUACUCCUUUACUGACUUCCUCUUCAGGUUCAAACUGCAGAUUACUCUUUACUGUUUUGUUCCGUUGAAGAACUGAGUCUCGUGUUUAUUAGCCUUUUAUAUUUUUUAAUUACUCAUCAUUUAUUUGCCAUUUUUUGGGCACUUUUACAGUUAUGUGGGUAUUUCCACUCAGAAAAUGAAUCACUUUCAAGAUGUUUUAAUUAUCUUUAUCUUAUUUAUUGUAUUGUCUUACAGCUUCUUCCUCCUGUUGUGUUUAUGGUGCCUUUCACCUUUUUGAAUGACUCUUUUCUUUCUAUAAUUAUACAGUUAUAAAUG